AUGCCGGACCAGCUCCUUUCCGCUUACUCAUGGGCCUUCAUUGCCACGGCUGUGGCCGUCCUAGCCGCAGUCCUCUGGCAAUGCCGCCCACAAGGAGCCGCUUCGACAGAUGACGAAGACGUACAAGUCGACUUUGAGCUGAGCGAUGUGGCAAAACAGCUUGCUGCAACGCUUCCCAAUCAGGUUACGCUGGCGAAUAGCGCGGAUAUCGUAAAGUACAGAAAGUCGUACUAUGCGCAACAGUCGAGCAAGAUUACCCCCGGCUGCGUUGUGAGACCCGAGGAUGCCGAUCAACUUCGAGAUGUCGUGGAAAUCUUGUGUGAAGAACACAACAGGCGCCAAAAGGAGCAUGGCUCGGCAGGCAGUGGCAUCUUCACAAUCCGCAGCGGUGGGCAUGCCAUCAACGCGAGUACAAUGCACGGCGGAGUAGUCAUCGACAUGACGGCAUUCAACGAGAUCGUUUUAUCCAAGGAUACAAAGUCUGUUCGCCUGGGGGCUGGCAAUGUCUGGGGCGAUAUCAAUGACACCUUGGAAGCCCAAGGUCUGUAUGUCGCUGGUGGCCGCGAUGCCAACGUAGGUGUGGGCGGCUUUAUUACUGGUGGUAAGCACAUUUUCUUAUUUUCUUGUCGAGAGAAAUGUCCUUGUUGUUUUAGUCAUUGCUAA